AUGGAUUUUGACUACUUUGAUUUCUGGGCAAUUUUUGAAAACACUCUGUUCUUGAAAAUUUUGCAGAAUGUCUACAAAUUCAAGCUACCUUCAGCUCUGAUACCACUGUUGGUAUACUGGAGAAAGUCAAAGUUGCCUCAUGCUACCAUUUUCAAGCCCCAACAGCCUUAUAGACGCUGUGUUGCAGAUACAUUUAAGGACUUCCCUGCACAAGCCUUAGAGCUUAUGGAGACCCUACUUUCCAUAGAUCCUGCUGAUCGUGGUUCUGCAGCUUCUGCUCUACAUAGUGAGGCUCAUGUGCUUCUGCAUAUCAUUUACUCAUCAAAUCAGAAUCAGCCUCCUUAUAGGAAGCAUCGAGAAACUGAUCAUUCAGUGUUUAUGCGUUCUAUUACCGAUCUUCAAUCUCAUAUUACUGAAUCUUGUAAGAUGGUCUCAGCUUUAUAUGGGCCUUUCAAGAGCAAAGCUACAGAACAGCUGGGAGCCCCGUUCAUACCUGGAAGUAGACUCCACAAGUCAUUACAGGCAAAGAAGAAAAUGUUUCAGGCAAAGAGGGAAUAUGAUGGAGUUUUUUUUAUUUGUUCUUGUUCUUUUACUUUUCCCUCCCUCUAAUUCUUUUUAUCUUGUUUAAUUGGAUUAUAGCGUACUGUAUGGUUCCAAAUGUAUCAUCUGUUGCAUAUAGUUUAGGCUCAUCUUUGGAUAUAGUUGGAAGACAAGUGGUAUUUUUAAUAUUAUAAGCCAUAUUAGUUUGCUUUCUAUUCCUUUUUAAUUUUUUUUGGGCAAAUUACACUUCUUGACCAUUUUGAUUUUAAUUGAUGUAUUUAAAGUCUGAAUUGUUUUUAUUC